GAUAACCUUCAAAUGUCAUUCAGAGUUGCUUUUACCGGUCUAUAAUUUCUCACUCUAGAAAUUAUUUUAUAAUAAGAGAAUUGAAUUUAUAAUAAAAAAUUGAAAAAAAAUAUUAAAAAAAAUGAAUGGAAAGUGGUCAACAAUGGAUCCGCUAGACAUAGAAGUGCCUGAAAUUAAAAAUCUAUUAGAAAGAGAUGGUUAUUUAAAACCAUACGAAGCUGACAUACGGCGCAGAUAUGGUUUAUUCAAAGAUGUUAUUGAAAGAAUUGAAAGCGGGGAACAGAGUCUAUACAAUUUUUCCAAAAGUUAUGAAAAUUUUGGAAUUCACAUUAAUGAUGAUAAUAGUGUAAUUGCUAGAGAAUGGGCUCCAGGAGCACAGGAAUUAUUUUUAACUGGAGAUUUCAACGAAUGGAACAGAACGAAAACUCCUUUUAAAAAAUUAGACUUUGGAAAAUGGGAACUAAAAAUCGAUGCAAAUCCUGAUGGCUCUUGUGCGCUUAAACAUAAUUCAGAAGUAAAGAUUAUAGUGAAAAGUCAAAACGGAGAAUUAUUGGAGAGAUUGAGUCCGUGGGCAACAUAUGUGACGCAAAAUCGUGCCGAGGGAACGACUUUUAAGCAAAGAAUUUGGCAUCCAAAACCCGAAAAUGUCUAUAAAGCCAAGCAUCCAAAACCGAAAAAGCCGAAAAGUCUCAGAAUUUACGAAUGUCAUGUUGGAAUUGCUACACAAGAAUUAAAGGUUGGCACGUAUCUGGAAUUCGCAAAAAAUACUAUUCCUCGUAUUGUAAAACAGGGUUACAACGCUAUUCAAUUGAUGGCUAUUAUGGAACACGCUUAUUAUGCAAGUUUUGGAUACCAGGUUACGUCAUUUUAUGCUGUCUCAUCUCGUUAUGGUACACCAGAGGAAUUAAAGGAAUUAAUUGACGUUGCUCAUGAAAAUAAUUUAUACGUUCUUCUCGACGUGGUUCAUUCUCACGCCUCAAAAAAUACUCUCGACGGUUUAAAUAUGUUUGACGGAACGGACGCUUGUUUCUUCCACUCAGGACAUCGUGGUGAUCAUCCCCUAUGGGACAGUCGUCUAUUUAAUUACGCCGAUUAUGAAGUCUUAAGAUUUUUGCUUUCGAAUUUGCGAUGGUACAUUGAAGAAUACGGUUUCGAUGGAUACAGAUUCGACGGUGUGACGUCAAUGUUGUAUCACUCACGAGGUUUCGGACAAGGUUUCAGUGGUCAUUAUGACGAAUAUUACAAUUUAAAUGUCGACGUUGAAGGUGUGGUUUAUUUAAUGGUUGCAAAUCACUUUCUGCACAGUUUGUAUCCCGAAAUGAUAACAAUUGCCGAAGACGUGAGUGGAAUGCCAGGCGUUUGUAGACCAGUUGCCGAAGGUGGAGUUGGUUUUGACUAUCGGCUAGGAAUGGCAAUUCCAGAUAAAUGGAUAAAAUUAUUGAAAGAAGUUAAGGAUGAUGAUUGGAAAAUGGGCGAAAUUUGUUGGACGUUGUCUAAUCGUCGAUGGAUGGAGAAAACAGUGGCUUAUUCGGAAUCGCACGAUCAAGCACUCGUUGGCGAUAAAACCCUUGCAUUUUGGCUUAUGGAUAAGGAAAUGUACUGGAGUAUGAGUGUUACAAGUCCUCCAAAUCAAAUAAUUGAUAGGGGAAUUGCUCUUCAUAAUAUAAUUACACUAAUAACGCACGCUCUUGGCGGAGAGGCUUAUUUAAAUUUCAUAGGAAAUGAAUUUGGACAUCCCGAAUGGUUGGAUUUCCCUCGAGCUGGCAAUAGCGACAGUUAUCAUUAUGCGAGACGUCAGUGGAAUUUGGCCGACGAUGAAUUGUUAAAGUACAAAUUUAUCAACAAUUGGGACCGGGAAAUCAAUAAAUUAGAGGAAAAAUACGGUUGGCUUCAUGCUAAUCCAGGUUACGUUAGCUGCAAACAUGAAGACGACAAAGUAAUAAUAUUCGAUCGAGCUGGUCUCGUUUUUGCCUUCAAUUUUCAUCCAACAAAAUCAUUCACCGAUUAUUCUGUCGGUGUCGACAGUCCAGGAACUUAUAAAAUAAUUCUCAACAGUGAUGAUACUAAUUUCGGCGGUCACAAUCGACUUGAUACGAAUGUAUCUCAUUUUACCAAACCUGAACCAUUUUCAGGGAAGCCCCAUCGAAUGUUGGCUUACAUUCCCUGCAGAACGGCAAUAAUUUACGCUCUAGACGCUUAAUUGUUUUCUAUUAUAUAGAAUUAACAAUUAAACAAAAAAUUGGUCAUUUUUACAGAUGCAAAUUUUUUUAAUCGUUGACCGCUUUAUACAAUAAAUGAUCUGUAAUUUUUUUAGUGUUGUAAAUAAAGAAAUGCGAAAUUCUUAAAA